AUACAAAUAAUUUUACUAUAAUUGAAUCAGUAACCAAUAAUACACUAGUUGAUUGUUAGUUACUUUAAAAAUGAGUUCCAUAGAGCUACUGGAUACCCAGCAAUGCCGUACUUGCUACAAUUCCAAAAUUAAUUUACAAUCAUUAAAGGGUGUACCGGACUCCUGCUGGCCAAGCCAAGCUGAACAAAAAUCCUAUUGCCAACUUUUAACAGAAGUUUGCAAUAUAAAUAUAAUGCUAGAUAUACCUCCAGGACAUUGGCCGCAAUUUAUUUGCUUAGCUUGUUCUCAAAAACUUAAAUCAGCUUAUGAUUUUAUACAACAAACCCAACAAAUCAAUAAAUAUCUAAAAUCUAUUGCUGAUCAGGUGCAGAUUAAACAUGAAAUAGAUUUUAUAGAAAAACCUGAACUGGAUAUUCCUUUGGAAAUUAAAAUAGAAACCGACAAUGAUGUGGAUAUACCAGCAAACGAAACGAUAUUUCAAUAUAUCCCUGUAAAAACGGAAGCAGUUAAGGAGGAAACUAUUUUGCCAACGGAUGAUGAUGAAUGUGAAGACAUGACGAUCAACAAUUUUAUCUUAACAGAAUACAAAAAUGAACUUACUGAAACUGAUACUGAAAGUAUUAAUACAGCAAUACAAUGCACAAACGCAUUAGUAAAUGAGGAUCCAACAGUUAACGAUAAUUCAGAUAAUUUCUUUAGCAAUAGUGUAAAUAACAUAAACAGUUCAAAAUCACGUACAAACAAAAAAUCGCAUAUUAGCAAUAAAUCUUUAGUCUGUAAUAUUUGCAAUAAAGAAUUUAAUAUUAAGUGGAAGUUAAACCACCAUAAUCGGUCUGUACAUAUGCCAGAGGAAGACAAAAUUCCUUGCAAUCUUUGUGACUUAAAAUUUACACGUCCCCAUAAUUUAAAAAGACACAUGCAAACUGUACACGCUCCAGGUAAACAGAAAAAAUGUAAUAAAUGUGAACGAAGCUACAUACGUUCUCGUAACUUAUACAUCCAUGAAAUAAAAUGCAAAGCCAAUGGUAACUGUUCAUAAAUCAUCUACAUACAUAUUACAAUAUUUAAGAUCAAUAAACAAAUUAAUAACAAAAAA